GUAAGCUGUAACCAAUAUUCAUCAUAAGUUCAUAACGAGCACAUUAUUCUAACUGGAGUGUUUAAUUGACACAUAGAAUAAUAUACUAGCAACUAAUUUCUCCUUUUAUGGAUUAUAUAUUUUAAACUAAAUAUUCCGAUCAAUUCUACUGAAUUUUGAAAGCCGACUUUGAAAACAAAGCUGUGAAAUUACGUUUUAUUGAAAACUGUUAAACGAAGACGAAGACGAAGAUAUUGAAACCGUUGUUGAAAUACGAUUUUAUCAAAAUAUAUCCAUUGGAAUAAUGUCUGCAAUUGAACGUAAGAAUGUUUGGAAUUCACUCAGCAGGAUAAAUAUGCUAAAAAAAUUUAAAAGUUUACUUGAUUUAAACUAUUCCAAAGUGAGUAUCAUCAGAAUCGCGUCUGAAUGUGGAAUAACAGCCAAGGAAAUGAAAAUAAUUUGUCUAGUUUCGGCUGUACUUGGUUUGGUGCCAUUAAUUCUAUCGGCUGAUCCAGCUCAGAAAAUUGAUGACAUCCACUUUACUCUUUCGAAAAAUGAUUUCUGGAUUAUUGCAGUACUGGUAGCAAUUAUCCUUACCAUUACACUUGGGGUUGCCGCACAUUUGUAUAACACAAGAAAUGCGAAUAAGGAAACACGCAAGCUACACAAUUUACUAAUUAGUGUACUUGUGUGUGUUGCGUUCGCUGCGUUUAUAUAUCUGCUAAGUUGUAUGGUGCAAAACGAGUUACUUAAAUACGUAAUCAUGUCGGCAUUGACGUCUGUACUUUGUAGUGGGUUUAUGAUAGGUAUGCUUGCUAUCGUCUCAAGCAUGCGACCUAAUAAUGAAUUAACAAGACAUCAGCUUGAUCAAUACGUCCUCCGAUUGUUGGAGGAGCACCAACUUCACGAAUGUGGUACCAUAAGACAAUCUGGCCAACCACCAUCCAGAACUCCAUUGCUAUCCUCACCUCGCGUGUCAGGACGCGUUUCUACUACGAUUUCCCUUCAAAACAAUAAUUCAUUGACUGCUUCAAAUGUUAACGUACAUCUUACACCACCAACACCAGUGAGAGUUCAUCGUUCUUUACCACAAAUACCAUCGUCUACUGCCGCUGCACUUUCAUUGACACGUCCUCAUCCUUUAUUGAUACAAGAUGCAUCUUCAUCAAGACAUGCCGAAUCUCCCUUGCAACUUUCUGCAUCUUCAUCAAGUCCUGCACCGAAACUUACUGGAUCUUUAUCAAGAGGUGCUAAUUCUUCCUUGCAACUUUCUCCAUCGAGACGUGCUGAACCUGCACCAAGACUCACUGAUUCUUUAUCAAGGGGUGCUAAAUCUUCCUUGCAACUGACUGAAUCUUCAUGGAGUCGUCCUAAACCUCCACCGAGACUUACUGAACCUUUAUUAAGGGGUGCUAAUUUUUCCUUGCAAUUUCCUUCAUCGAUACAUGCUGAACCUUCACCGGGACUUACUGAUUUUUUAUCAAGGGCUGCUGAAUCUUCCUUGCAACAUACUGCAUCUUCAUCGAUACCUGCUGAAUCUUCACCGAGAUUUACUGAACCUUUAUCGAGAUAUGUUAAACCUUCUAAAAAUGUGUCGGAAAGUGCUAUAUCUUUACCAAGAAAUGCUGAAUCUUCAUGGAUACCUUCUGAAUCUGCUCCAAGACGUGUUCUACCUCCACUGAUAGGUUCUGAAACUGUAUAUAUAACGAGUCAUGCUGAAGAGGUAUCUGAAGAUCUUGCAGAUCCCAGUCCCACAGAAAUGUCUGAACAUGAUGAAAAAGGAUCAACAGAUGAACUACUUACAUUGGACAAAACCCAGUUGUAAAAUAGGUACAAUAGCUGCUACUUCCUUUGUACCAUCAUAGUUACGUGUUAUAUUCCUACAUAUACAGAGUGAAGGAUACGUCCUAAAGAACGGCCUAUGAACUGUACGUCUCGAUCAUAGAAUCCGAAUUCACUUAGCAGCUCGACAGCCCAAUUUGAAGUAAGUUAAUGAUCAAAAAAUAAUACAAAAUAAUACAACUUUAAACAUGGGAUUUUAGUGUUUCUUAAGAACCAAAGUGUAACUUUUGCUUCCACAUAACAGUUUAUCAAAGUGUUAUAUGUAAAGUGUGACUUUUGUUUUCUGCAAAUAUUUUACUUUUUAUUUCCUUGUCUAAAAUUGACAAUCAUAUUAAAGGUGAAUAUGGUUUCCUUGUAUAAAUACGUACAUUUUUUAAACCAGUGUCCAAAGAAAGUGUCUGACUGCCGAAAUUAUUACAUUACGGUGACACAAUUUAACACAGACAAAAUUAAGUGGAUCGAAUUUAUAUUAAUAAUGAACUUAUUUUCUUAUUCGUAUCUACUUAAAAUGAAUAACUUUAAUAUACUUUAAUUAAAUACGAAGAAUUAAUUGGUUCCACAUUUUAAUCGAGCAUGUUUCCUGUAUUUAUUCACUGCAAGGACAUUCGUUAUUAAUAAAUGACAACGUAUUUUUAUAUUAUGGCGAUCCAUGCAAGGUUAUAAAUUUUCGGUUUCUGAUUAUUUUAUAUGCAUUUUUAUUUAUAUACAUUAAGGGCAAUUAAGCCACUGUGAAUGUUUAGAUAAUAAGUUUAGUUGUAUGUAUUUUUGUGUGUUUUAUUUUAAGUAAUUAGAAUUAUUAUCUAAUUCACAUUUUAUUAUAUUCUCUAUUAUAGAGCUAAUGUAUGGAAACACAUAGUUACUUCAGAAUUAUAGUUGUUUGUCUUGUCUGA